AUGACCGACCCCUACCCCCAGCACCAACCACCACCACCAUCCUACCCCCCUCCCGUCCCAAACAGCGAGACUCCGUACUACUCUCCCCCGGACGGCGUCUACCAACACGCAGGAUACGACUACGAACCGCAACAUUUCUACAACCAGCAUGCACUGCCGAAUCAAGAUCCUGCUUAUAGUUCUCAGUACGACGUGAGCCAGAUUCCUCGGUCUUAUCCGACACAAUGGAAUCCGCAGGCUGCUAGUAGCAACACCAAUGUUAGCAACAUCAAUAAUGAGUUUAAUGCUGCUAUUCCGCAGUAUGAUCCCGAUCGUCUAGCACCGGGUUACGAACCGCCUGUUCGGAGAGGGAGUAAUGCUGAGUAUUAUGCCCAAUCCGCCGCAGAUAUGCAAGCCCCUCCUCCUGCUCCUCCUGCGCCUCCAGCCCCGGAUACCGAACAGCAAUCCCGCGCCUACGUUGAUGAUCCUACCACCGCUGGUGACGAAGAAGGAGAGCGCAGCCUCGGCGGAGCUGUCCUGGGCGGCGCGACGGGGUAUUAUCUGGGACAUAAGAAAGACCAUGGACUUCUGGGGGCGGUUGGGGGUGCGAUUUUGGGGAACUUCGUUAGUAAUAAGAUGAAGAAGAGUGAUAGUGAUGAAGAGGUGGAGGAAGUGGAGGUUGAUGAUGAUCGCGAGACGGAGUAUACGAGGUAUCAUAGUAGUCAUUAUCGGCGGUCGUCGAGUCAUGGACAUGGUCAUCAUCACCACCACCACCAUCACCAUCAUCAUGGUCAUGGACAUGGGCAUCGGAGUCGGAGUCGGAGUCGGUAUGAGGAGGAGGAGGAGUGGUAG